ACAAAAAAACACAACAGACACACAAGGAAUGACGGUAGAUGUUUGUAUCCCAAAUCCCUGUAAGAAUCAAGGGAUUUGCACAAAGGAUGGCGUCGAUAAAUAUCACUGCAUCUGCCCAGCGGGCUUUUUACCUCCAACUUGUGUAAACAAGACUGUUGAUCCUUGCGUCCCUAAUCCGUGUCUAAACAGAGGAACUUGUCAGCCGUCACAAGAUGAAAAGAGGUUUACCUGCAAUUGUAACGGAAGUUUUAAGCCUCCACUUUGUGCAUGUGACUGUCCAAAAGGCGAUCCUUUGUGGGUUCCUCCCAUCCUCGCUCAACAGUGCAAGGAAAAUGGCGAGUGUUACUGCCCAAGUUACAAUGGCAAAACCUACUCUGUGACAGAGAGAGGUUGCGGGGAGUCAAGACAGAAUCCUUGCGAUAGCAAUCCAUGUCAAAAUGGUGGUGUGUGUUUUGCUGCACCCGACAACUUGUCCUUCACCUGUCAAUGUCCUGAGGCAUGUAGUGGAGAUCGCUGUCAAAACUGUGACGUUGUAAAGAUUUGUACUCCUGGAUAUUGUAAGAACGGCGGGACCUGUAUAGUUGUGGGAACGAAGCCGUUCUGCAAGUGUCCUCCAAGUUAUCUCCCCCCUCAGUGUAUAUUUCACGUUAACAUAACAGAUAACCGAAGUCUGUGUCAUCCUAAUCCUUGCCAAAAUGGUGGAAAAUGCAGACAAGUAAGGUCGAACAGCCUUGAAUGCAGUUGCUCCAUGCAGUUCCACGGAAAAUACUGUGAGCGAGAUAAAUGCAUGGAUUGUGACGUCCACGCGAUCUGCUACAAUGGCCAUUGUAAAUGUAGACCGGGCUAUAAGGGAAGUGGAUUUAAUGGAGAGUGUAAACCAGUGUCUUCUUGUAACACCUGUCCCCUGAAUGCCGUCUGCGUGGAGGGAGAAUGUGCCUGUAUCUCUGGAUUUUACUUUAUUGAUAAUACUUGUCAGAAAAUUGUGGGAUACUGAUUCAACGUGGUACCAAUUACAUGACCGAAGCAGUUUUGCAGGAGCCAAGCAAAGGACUUCGAAAACUUGCAACCCCUCUUAAUAUCCUCAUUCUUACUCAAUCUCACGGAAAAAAGCUAAGGUAUCACUUCCUCCAAAACAUUUAGGGUUUAAGAUUUCCAUAAACUUUAAUUAGCAUCUGUGAGCGGUAUAAUAGGGUCGUAAAAUAAGUUAAGAUAAAAUUCGUCGAAACUCUUUAUGCGAGCGAUUCAGAUAUCGAAAGUUUUAAAAGUGAUCGGUAUUUUCCCGAGACGAGGCCGAGGGAAACAAUAAGGGUCGAGGGGAGCAAAACUUAUUCCUUCUUGUAGGGCCACUCACAUAAAAAAAAAUUUAUACUUUACGACCUUUAUCGCAUAGUGUUUGAAAUAAGCUUUAGUGUAAAGUUCUGUAGUUGCAGCUGCAGCGAAUGAUGCCGCUUCACUAGCCGAAGAAAACGAUUCAGUGCUAAUGAUUUUUAGACAUUUUUCUGUUGCAAGUAUCUGGCAAUACCUUAGCGUAUCCCCAAUAGAACUCUUAUGUGAGUUAUUUCAUUUCCCAGAACUAGCGUAAAAUUUCCAGAGAAGGGAGUUUUGUUUAGAGCUUUUUGGACCCCUACCAAACAUUAAGACAUUAAAGUGAGUUAAGAAGCUGCUGUAACAGUAUUUAUUUCCAUUGACAUCCACAUAUUUAAAGGAUGACUGUUCUUUGUGGGAACGUACUUGAAUUGAAUUCCAAAAACUGGAUUUGGUGUCUAGGGUACAAAAAGAGUGAGAAAACUGCUCAAUAAAAUUACUGAAAGCCUUACGAUUAAAACUACGACAAAAACACGAACGGCUAAAUAAUACAAAUGAGAAGAACUAAAUGAUUUUGAGUCAUUCUAAUCAAAAUUAAUUGACCAUUUUGCAACUUUUAGGCGUCUUUAGGAUUAAAUUUGAGAGACCCAAAUGCUAUUAAGAUUCUCCACAAGGCUAUAGAUAAAAUGAGCCGAUACGUUGUGGAAUCGUUUUACAUUCUGACCGCUUUUCCUUAUGAUGACUAUCUUGGGAAACCUGAUUUCUAGAUAUAAGAGUCAAAACUACAUAAUUUUCCGGGUCGGUAUAUGACGUUUUCCCUUGUU